GAGCCUCCCCGGGCCAUGGCCGGCAACGUGAAGAAGGGCGCCGGGGCCGGGGGCAGCGGCGGCUCCGGGGGCUCGGGCUCGGGCGGCCUGAUCGGGCUCAUGAAGGACGCCUUCCAGCCGCACCACCACCACCACCACCUCAGCCCCCACCCGCCGGGAGCCGUGGACAAGAAGAUGGUGGAGAAGUGCUGGAAGCUCAUGGACAAGGUGGUGCGUUUGUGUCAGAAUCCAAAGCUGGCUCUAAAGAAUAGUCCUCCUUAUAUAUUAGACCUGCUACCAGAUACCUACCAGCAUCUUCGCACAAUCUUGUCAAGAUACGAGGGGAGAAUGGAGACACUUGGAGAAAAUGAGUAUUUCAGGGUAUUCAUGGAAAAUCUGAUGAAGAAAACUAAACAGACCAUCAGCCUUUUUAAGGAAGGGAAAGAGAGGAUGUAUGAGGAGAAUUCUCAGCCUAGGCGAAAUUUGACCAAGCUGUCCCUUAUCUUCAGCCACAUGCUGGCAGAACUAAAAGGGAUCUUUCCAAGUGGACUUUUUCAAGGAGAUACAUUCCGGAUAACCAAGGCAGAUGCUGCAGAAUUUUGGAGAAAAGCUUUUGGAGAAAAGACAAUAGUCCCUUGGAAGAGCUUUCGGCAGGCUCUUCAUGAAGUACAUCCCAUCAGCUCUGGACUAGAGGCCAUGGCCCUGAAAUCCACUAUUGAUCUGACCUGCAAUGAUUAUAUUUCAGUUUUUGAAUUUGAUAUCUUCACACGACUCUUUCAGCCUUGGUCGUCUUUGCUCAGGAAUUGGAACAGCCUUGCUGUGACUCAUCCGGGUUAUAUGGCUUUCCUGACAUAUGAUGAAGUGAAAGCCCGGCUCCAGAAAUUCAUUCACAAGCCUGGCAGCUACAUUUUCCGACUGAGCUGUACAAGGCUGGGUCAGUGGGCCAUUGGCUAUGUCACUGCUGAUGGGAAUAUCCUCCAGACAAUCCCUCACAACAAACCUCUUUUCCAAGCACUGAUCGAUGGCUUCAGGGAAGGCUUCUAUUUGUUUCCUGAUGGACGAAAUCAGAAUCCAGACCUGACUGGCUUAUGUGAACCUACUCCUCAGGACCACAUUAAAGUUACCCAGGAACAAUACGAAUUGUACUGUGAGAUGGGCUCCACCUUCCAGCUAUGUAAAAUAUGUGCUGAAAAUGAUAAAGAUGUGAAGAUUGAACCUUGUGGCCACCUCAUGUGCACAUCCUGUCUUACAGCAUGGCAGGAAUCAGAAGGUCAAGGUUGCCCUUUCUGUCGGUGUGAAAUUAAAGGUACAGAGCCUAUCGUGGUGGAUCCAUUUGAUCCCAGAGGAGGGGGUGGCCUGCUUAGGCAAGGAGCAGAGGGAGCUCCUUCACCAAAUUAUGAUGAUGAUGAUGAUGAAAGAGCUGAUGACUCCCUUUUCAUGAUGAAGGAACUGGCCUGCGCCAAGGUUGAACGGCCUCCUUCUCCAUUUUCCAUGGCCCCACAAGCUUCUCUUCCUCCAGUGCCACCACGACUAGAUCUUUUGCAACAGCGAACAUCCCUUCCCUCAGGUGCUUCUAGUCCUGGAACUGCUUCUAAGGUUACCCCUGGCUCCCUUCAUAAGGACAAACCUUUGCCAAUCCCUCCCACACUUCGAGAUCUCCCUCCACCACCUCCUCCAGACAGACCACAUUCCAUUGGGGCAGAGAGUCGGCCUCAGAGACGCCCACUACCAAGUACACCAGGCGACUGUCCGUCCAGGGACAAACUUCCCCCUUUUCCUUCUGGCCAUCCAGGAGAAUCAUGGCUUCCCCGGCCAAUACCCAAAGUACCUACUGCUACCCUAAGUCCUGGUGAUCCCUGGUCAGGCAGAGAAUUGACCAACCGGCACUCGCUUCCUUUUUCACUUCCUUCUCAGAUGGAUCCCAGAGCUGAUGGUCUUAGGCAUGGGAGCACUUUCAGCCUGGAUGCCCCAGUGAACAUGAACAAUAGUCCAUUAGCUGGGCCAGAGUGUGAGCACCCCAAAAUCAAGCCUUCCUCUUCUGCCAAUGCCAUCUAUUCUCUUGCUGCCAGACCUCUUCCUGUGCCAAAGCUGCCCCUCGGGGAGCAGUGUGGAAGUGAUGAGGAUACAGAGUAUAUGUCUCCUUCUUCUCGGCCUCUGGUACUUCCUGGUGCCAGCCUCCAAAAGAUAGAACUGAAACGACCUUUGGAGAUGACCCACGGUUUACAAGUGUUAGAUUCAGAGCAGCAGAUUGACAGCUGCACCUAUGAAGCCAUGUACAACAUUCAGUCGCAGGCAACUUCUUCUGGCCUAGAGAGCAGCAGUACAUCGGUUGAGGGAGAUCUGGCUGCAACCCUUCCCACCAAUGGCCCUGAGGAGUCAGAGAAUGAGGAUGAUGGAUAUGAUGUACCCAAGCCCCCUGUGCCUGCAGUCCUGGCCCGUCGGACUCUCUCAGACAUUUCUAAUGCCAGCUCUUCCUUUAGCUGGAUGUCUUUGGAUAGUGAUCCCACAACAGGUUUCACUGAGGGUUCCCAAGUUCCUGAAAGGCCUCCCAAACCUUUCCCUCGGAGGAUCAACUCUGAACGGAAAGCAGGAAGCUGUCAGCAGGCUGGUGCUGUUCCUUCCACCUCUCCUCAGUUAUCCAGUGAAAUUGAGAGUCUCAUGAGCCAGGGGUAUUCAUAUCAGGACAUUCAAAAAGCUUUGGUCAUUGCCCAUAACAAUAUUGAAAUGGCCAAAAACAUCCUCCGGGAAUUUGUUUCUAUUUCCUCCCCUGCUCAUGUAGCCACAUAGCACAUCACCUCCUUACCUCCAAUUUCAGUGGACCAGUGAGCUGGGCGCCAUCUUCCAGGAGCACCUGAGAGGGCAAAGGGUUUUUUUGGAGACUUCAGACUGAAGUCUUGCCCUUGUCUGGUGGAUGUCUCAUCUGUGGUUCAAGAUUUCAAAGCAGUGGAACAAAUGCAGAGCAAGCAACUAGGA